ACAGGUCUGCGACCAUCUCCUCCGUAUGUUUUUCAAGCGUGUGGUAGCUCUCCUCGGGCUUGUCCUGGCCGCGUGUGCGCGGUCCAGCACAGGCGACUCUGUCCUCGUCGUCCUUGACUCCUCACUCGACAAGGAAGCCUACUCCGUCUUCUGGGAUGGUCUCGUAGACAAAGGUUACAGUCUCACAUUCCGUUCGCACAAAGAUGCGCGGCCGGCAGUCGUCGAGGACGAGGUCGCGCAAUUCAACCACGUCGUCGUCUUUGCGCCGGACUCGAAAAACCUCCCGCAGGACUUGACACCGCAGUCGCUCGUCGCGCUGCUUGACAAGGGAACGAACCUCCUGCUCGCACUCUCCUCGAAGAAGCAGACGACGAUCAACACCCUCGCCUCCGAGUUUUCGCUCGUCCUUCCACCACCGGGCACGCCGCUCAUCUCGCACUUCCCCGCCCGCGACACGCCUGCGACGGUCGUGCCCGUCCCGCCGCCGCACGCGCACCCCGUGCUCACCGCGGGCCUCCCGCCGGUGUGGUUCUCGGGUGUGCCGUUCGCGUACACGCCGAACCCGCUCCUCCUCCCGCUCCUCAACGCGCCCGCAGAGGCUUUCGCGGCGGACACGACGAGCGACGCAGGCGCGGACGCUGUCGUUGAGGCUGCGGACAGGGCCGGCGAGGGCCUCUGGGCAGGUAGUUCGCUUGCACUCGCCGCAGGCUUCCAGGCGACGACCGGUGCACGUGCAACGUUUGUGGGCGGUGUGGAGAUGUUCAGUAACGAGUUCGCGCAGAAGGAGCUUCCUCAGGGCAAGCUGUCUGGUAACAAGCAAUUUGCGCAAGACGUUGCCAGCUGGUCUUUCCAGGAAAGCAAUGCGCUUAGGAUUGACAAGGUUAAGCACCACCGUGUGAACGAGACAGAACCGCGGGAGACAUACACCAUCAACGACAACGUCGUCUUCACCAUGCACGUUUCGAAGUUCAACUCCAACAAGGACACUUGGGAGCCGUACUCUGGCAUCCAGGACAUGCAGCUCGAGUUCACGAUGCUCGACCCGCACAUCCGCACCGCGCUGUCUCCCGUGCCCGGCCAGCCCGGCGAGUACUCUGUCACCUUCCGCGUACCGGACAGGCACGGCGUCUUUAAAUUCAUCGUUGACCACAAGCGCAAGGGGUGGACGCACCUCCAGAGCACGACCGUCGUCCCUGUCGUUCCACCACAGCAUGACGAGUACCCGCGCUUCCUGAGCGCGGCGUGGCCGUAUUACAUCGGCGCGAUGAGCACGAGCGUCGGCUUCGUACUCUUCUCUGCGCUCUGGCUCGCGGGCGACGACCGCGAGGGCAAGAAGAAGGGCAUCAAAACGGAGUAGGCUCUUAUGGUGUUAUCUCAAUAUACCAUCUGCUUUCUGGAUCUGUGUUCAGUCGGCAUGUAGAAGGGCACAAAAAUGCUAUUUAUGAUGGUACAGGAUGCAUUGCUACGCAGUCAUUGUUGGGAACUCGAUAGGAUAAGAGAUCGGAAACGAUGUUGAGGAAGGUAGGAAGGCCAAUGUCGUCAACCAUGGUGGUGUCGUCAUGCGGUCAGUAUCGAUACGCUCAAGAAGGUGUUAAUAAUUCAGGUGAAUGAGACGUGGACUGCUGCUCCGCCAGGUACUGGAGGUAGUAUUUCUCGUCAUCACUGUCCUCGCCGUCGCUCUCUGUGUGAGGUCUAAUCCCACCAUUAUUGCGGCAUCUCUCAAUCCUCUUCCACACCUUCUCUGCUCUUUGCCUUAAUGCUCUGUCUGGAACGCGCACACGCUCUCGCUUGGCAACAUCCACCAGGGCCUGGGCGGAGGUAAUCUCCCGUUCGAUGAUUAUCAAACCAAAGAAGGUCAGGACGGCU